UUUCCUUUUCUCGACAUCCUUUGAGAUCUUCUCUUCAUUUCCCUAUACAACAAUGGGUUUCCGUUUGCCACGAGUGGUUCCGGCAAAGAAAUUUCUUCAACGAUCCUUCUCCAAUUCAAACAAAGCAGCUUCAAUGGCAGUAGAUGUCCCCAAAGGCCAUUUCGCAGUUUAUGUCGGAGAGCAUGAAAAGAAGCGGUAUGUUGUUCCUUUGUCAUUGUUGAACCAACCGUCAUUUCAAGACUUGCUUAUUCAAGCCGAAGAAGAAUAUGGAUUUGAUCAUCCAACGGGGGGUCUAACAAUUCCCUGCAGAGAAGAUGCAUUUGUUGAUCUUGUUUCAAGCUUAAAUGCCUCACCAAAUUGACCAA